AUGGGAAAUACACCUGCCAAGACAUCAAAUAAUACACCUCGUUUAACACCUGAACAACAACAACAAUAUGAUUGGGAUGUACAGAGAUAUAAUGCCAAAAGGUUAUGGGUAUCAACUCUGCCAAGGAACUAUGCCGUAGACCAAUGCAAGACCAAUGAUCCAACUGAAGUCUUCUCUCCAAAGAGACCAAACACACAUACAUUCUCCAAUGUCCAAGUCCCAUCCAUGUUCUCAAAGGGAUUCACUAAACAAGAGGAUAUGACAGAGUAUUAUGAUAAUCUGGAGUUGAUACAGAAUAAGGUCAAGAUAGUGGCGGCUCAGUUACUUAAUUCAAAGUAUUGUGUUGUAUACUCUGGAGCAGGGAUAUCAACAAGUGCCGAUUUACCAGACUUUAGAGGACCAGAGGGAUGCUGGACCAAGCAAGAUAAAGGUAUCCGUGAUGAUGGAAAGAAGACUCCAUCACUAACAGAGAUUGUACCAACCUUUGCUCAUAUGGCCAUCGCCAAGUUAUGUGAGUUGGACAUGAUCAAGUGCGUGAUCACGACCAAUAUGGACAAUCUACAUCUUAGAUCGGGUGUUCCACAUAGUAAGAUAGUGGAGAUGCAUGGUAAUUCAUUCAAGGAGAGAUGUACAGUGUGCCAGAGAUUCGAAUACAAGACCACUGAAGUGUAUAAUACCCAAAUGACAAAGUGUUCAGCUGUUGGAUGUACUGGACUUAUGGUGGACUCUAUCAUUGACUUUGCCAUGCCCAUCAACGACGAAGAUUGGCAACAAUCCAAAGAGCAUUCCGAACGUAGCGACUUGUCCAUCGUAUUGGGAACAUCAAUGAGAGUACUGCCGAGCUGUUUGUUGCCAGAGUUGGGUCCACUAAAGAAUGGUGGCAAUUUGGUCAUUUGUAACUUACAGAUCACACCUUAUGAUGACAAUGCAACUAGAUUGUUCUGUACGACUGACGAGUUCAUGUACUUCUUGAUGAAGGAGUUGAACAUCGAAGUGCCAAUGGCCACUCCCAAGGGUGAGCCCAUCAGACAACGCGAUUAUCCCGUCCAACCCAAGCCGUACUGGAAGACCAGUGAUCAACUCGACCCUGCAAGCUAUGAUAUCCCAUUCCGAUUCCUCUUCUAA